UGAAUUAUAGCCGAUGGUCCAGACAACAGCCUUGACAGCCAGAAAACACAGGCACGACAUUACAGGACUCUACGAGAAAUGUACAAAGCAAAGAAGCCAAACAAAGCUGCUGUAACUCAUCUAUUAGACCUGGAGUUCCAGUCCAGAAGAAAUUUCAUUGACUCAAAUGCCUUGAAGGAGCAAGACAGACCCACACAAAUUUUACAGGCAUACCCGUGCUUCAAAGAACUGGACCAUACAAUGGAUGAACUGCGGAGAAUCAUUGAGCCAAACAAUUGCCAAUACAUUUCUGAGGUGAAAGGCAGGUGGGAGACCUUCUACUCCAAGGUUCAGUUUUAUGGUGUCAUGAAGAAAGUCAUGAAGCCUCCAAGGACAUUAAAUGGAGUUGAACAUGCCAUUGCUGUUUUUACCGCCCUGCCACUGCUCUUCCCAUCUGGCUCUGCAGUACCCAAGAAAGUGGUCCCAAUCAGUGAGGCUCUUUUCCACAUUCUUACGCCCUCAGAGGACCCUGAUACCUUCGUCCACCGGCGUGUGCUUUCUAGUCCUGUUUUGCUGGUUGGUGAGGAGAACUGCAUGGUGGUUGCCGGUACAACUCCAGUUGUAACCUUUGAGAAAGAUUUGCUCCACGAGGGGCUUCUCUACCUCCUGGCAUAUUACUAUGCAUUCCACCUGACCUAUCCCAAGUGUAUUGCCACACUCUUGUCUGUGUUGCAAACAGAAGUUCUGGUAGAUGUCCUCCAUGAGCAGGAUGCAACCCCCUCUUAUAAAAAGGCCAUUCAUGAAUGGAAAAUCAGCAAUGAGGUAACUUUCACCGUGUCUAGACCUGGCGCGAGCUGCCUGGCCCGUUUCUACGGGAGUGUUUGA